GACCUCUUCCUUCAUCAGGCUUGUAACAUGACCACACAUACUCUAAUGCUGAUGUAAGGAGUUUGCAGGAAUGUGUGGCUUGGGUAGAAUGAGGCUCAGGGAAUUGCCUGGGUUGCAAGGGACCCUAGAAAUCAUCAGUUCCAAUGCCCCUGCCGUGGACAUGGGUAACAAGGGAAGUUGAGACUGUUCAUACUAUAAAUUCAGAUUUAUUUUGAAAGUAGCAAUCUCACAGAUUUGCUCCUUCAAGUCCUUGCUUUCAUGGAAACUUUUCUGGUUUCUGCAUAUUCUGUCUUGAAUGAACAUUAAAACUGUUACUGAACAGUCCUCUUGGUUACACCUCCAUCCUGCAUAUUACUUUGAGAUGAACAAUUCAAACCCAAAAAAUUUAUUUUUGCUGAAACCUAGAAGUUCUUUAAGAAAUGGGAAAUUCAUCUAGUUUGAGUAGUGAGGAACAAAUUACUCCUCUGUGGUAGAGUUUAAUGAUUUUGCUGUGCAGGUUAAAUUAAUGAAUUGUCCGUGAUACAAAACCUGGGACAGCAAGCUAGAAGUGUCACAAUACAGAGAACACCAGCUCAAAUAAAUGUCAGCUGUACAGACUUGAAAAGCAGAAAGAUUAACUUUGUCAACAACAAUCUAGUGACCACUUGGCUGAUAGAUGAGAUGAUGAUGAUGAUGUGCAAUAUGCAGAAGACACGCAGGUUUUAUGUGAUUAAUUGCUUACUACAGAUGGAUGAGAUAUGUCAGGACAUGACUGACUAAGGUUCCUGAGCCUAGACCAAUCACAAAAUGGUACCUGGUCUGGCAUGUGUCAGCCAUGAAAGGUUGUUAGACAACCAAGAGAUGAGAAAUGUUCAGGUAUAGCUUUGCAAGUGAUGGGGCUGAUGCCUGAACUCAGCGUAUAACUUUAGUAAUGAUUAGUGCUUAAGUCUGUGCCUGAUGCUUGGUAUGAAAUAACAAAAAAAAGAUAAAUGCAGUAAUAAUAACCAAAGAUCUCUUGAUGCUGAAUUAUGUGGACACAACUGGACAUUCCUUGAUCACUGACUGAUCCUGGGUUUUGCUCUGUUUCUAGAAAUCUACCCCAAAGUGCUGAGCUGAGCUUUGGGAUCUGAGAGUGUAAAGAAGUCUGGUCCAAGAAAGAGGCAGGAUGAGAAACAAAUUCUGGAGAGGGCAUCAACUGAGUAGCUGCUCUCAGACCCCACUAAGGCUGGAUUACCUGCAAGUGUCACAGGAGUGGAGGGAGGCCAACUCAAAAAAUGAAUUGGUGCUGUCAAUCCUAUGUUACAAGUAAUCCCCUUUUUUUUAUAUUCCCCGCCUAGAAAUACUAAAAUGAAGGCUUUUCUACAGAAAUUCCUGUAGAAAUUUGGGCUUUGACCAGUACAGUUUCUAAGACAAGCCUUUGUCUUCCCCAUGAGUAAACCUGUUCUCAAAUUAGUGUGAGAAUCUUCACAUAUACACAAACAAGCACUAGCUGAUGCAGAAAUAACAUGGCUUUUUUACUCAUUGCAUAUACAAUAGCUGUGUAACCCACUUUUUGAAAGGAAAUUUCUGUCAGUAGUGACUGAUCUGUCUCUUUAGAACAGCUGUAUGUGACAGUUUGAGAGUGAGAGUUAUGCUCUGAAGAAAAGCCUCUAAGAGUCAGAAGGUGCUUGAUGUUACAGUAGACUGCUUGAGAACUCCUCUGAGGGGUAUGUUGCUCCUGAGCCACAUUUAAAGGAUAAAUAGAGGCAGGUUCCACCACAAUUGACACAAAAAAGGUCUACUCUGACCUUUUGCUCUUGGAUCAUGCUUGGGAGCCUUCAGCGUUCAGCCAGUCCAGUAUGACUGUGGUGAUCCACGACAUUGUGGUCUGCCAGAUGCUCCUUGUUCCCUGUCCCUCUGCAGAGCAUCAUUCUUGUAUCAUAUGCUAAAGAAGGGAACUUAUGCUCAUACCUUCUUCAUCAAUUUAAGGUAAUGUAUCAGACUGGCUAAAGCAGUACAUAACACCCCAGAGCAUCACCCAAAAAUACCUUGUUCAAAUUUGGUUAAUUAAUUUUAAGUGCAUGUACACUGAGAAAUACUGGGUGCUUGCUGAUGGAAAGGAAGUAGUCAAGAAAACUUACUUUUAGAGAGCUCAUAAGAUGCAUAAUCUAAAGCUACUUUUUGGGUUUUGAUUAAUUGUUACAGCCAUGGCUUGAGCUGCCUAAACUAAGCCAAUACUGGUCUAGUAGCCACAAAGCUAUGUCAGCUCAAUGUUGAAUCUGUGUUAAUAUAAUUUGCAUUUUGGACCACAGCCUGUUCAAGCAUCACCCACCUGGUGGUAUGACUUCAACAUGUGACUCUUAUAAAAAAGGGUUAAAAAUUAACUUACCUUCUUUGCAAACCAUGCGAUAUCCAGUAAUGAUUGGCUUUUCCCAAGAUGACAUUGUGUGAAAAUCAGAUGAUUGUAAUACAUAGAAUGACAUUAAUUACCUUCCUGAUCUACUUCCUCCUUGCUAAUUAUUGCUUUUGUUGUGCACCACCCUAGAAAAAAGCCUGAAAUGCUUUCCUGUUUGUUUUCUAGAAUGUUAACAGUCCUCAAUUCUUUGUAUCAUUAAGUCCAAGCACACAGAAAUGUCCUUAAUAGUUAUCAUGAAAACACAGAAUGGUUUGGGUUGAAACGACCUUAAACAUCAUUGAGUUCCAAGCCCAAUGGAAAGGGACAUCUUCCAUGAAACCAGGUUGCUCAAAGCCCUAUACAGUGUGGCCUUCAACACUUCCAGGGAUGGGGCACCCACAACGUCUCUGGGCAACCUGUUUCAGUGCCUCACACAAAGACUUUCUUCCUUGUAUCAAAUCCAAACCUACCCUCUGUCAGUUUGAAGCCAUUCCCCCUUGUCCUAUCACUACAUGCCCUUGUACAAAGUUCCUCCACAACUCUCUUGUUUGGCCCCUCUAGGUAGUGGAAUGUGCUAUGAGGUAUCCUCAGAGUAUUUCCUUUUCCUAAUUCUAGCUUGUCUUCAUAGCAGAGGUGCUCCAGCCUUCUGAUCACCUUGGUGACCCUCCUCUGGACUUGCUCCAGCAUUUGUACAUCCUUCUUUCUUUGGGAGCCCAGAUCCUAUGAGACUGUAGUGGAGGGGCAGAAUCCCCUCCCUCGGCCUGCUGGCCACAGCUGCCUUUGCUGCAGCCCAGACACAGUUGCCUUUCUGGUCUGUGAGUGCACAUGGCUGGGUGAUAUUGAACUUCUUGUCAACCAACGCCCCAAGUCCUUCUCAGGGCUGCUCUCAAUCCAUUCAUCCCCCUGCCUGUAUCUGUGCUUGGGAUUGCCCUGACCCAUGAGCAAGACCCUAACUUGCCUCAAACUUUGAAUUACUUGCUUUAGGUGAUAGAUCUGUGUUUAAGAUGGGAUGUGAACAAGCUCUAUAGAAUCCAAUCCAAUGACCUUUUUGCUAGGACACCUUUCCUACAGUGAAAUUAAAAACUUCAUUUUAGAGAACAGAAGGAAAAUACUUGUUUCCCUCCCUCAUAAACACCUCUGGCCUUAGACACUUUAUGUGAAGGCCAGAGAGAUGCAGAGUGCAAUGUUACUUCAAUGCUCAUCUUCAUUCUUUAAAAAGGCAAGGUAAAGGAAAAGAUUGUUCACUUCUGAAUAGAGUGAAAACUGACAGCCUCAUGUCUUACAAGUUUGAGGACUUUUGAAGAUGUGUAGAUGUGGUGCUUAGGGGUGUGGUUUAGUGAUGGAAUUGUGUUAACAGUGCUGUAUUAAUGGCUGGACUCGAUGAUCUUAGAGGUGUUUUCCAACCUAAAUGAUUCUGUGAUUACUUCCAGGUAUUCGAGAUGUUAGAAAGAAAAAACUAUGGAAAUCAAUCAUUAAAUUGGGUGUGUCCCUUUAAAAGCUGGGAAGGACAACUGUAGAGAAUUUGUCUGAGAUGAUGCUGCAGAUACAUCUUUAAGUGGUCAGCUAGUGGUAGGUAUCCAACCUACGUCAGCAGUGAUGGGCAGCUUCCCUAUAAAGCAGUUACAAAGUCUGAGAAUACCUGGUGUUACCUGUAAUUACAUCUGAGACAAAAGGAACAACAUGAGAAAUUCAUCUGCCUGUCGAUGUUAUGAAACAAGUUGAAACUCACAGUGGAGACAAUAAUUAAUUGUUUAUUUCCUUUCACAGAGUUGUCCUGAGUCUGACUAACCACUCUUUGUGCAGAUCUUUGGAUGAAAGAAAUCAUUGGAGUUAUAAGCUCUUAAUAUAUAUUACUUAGUGUUCUUUAAAACAGUCAUCACAAUAGGUAGGAAUUAACAUUCCAAACCCCAUGGGGUGGAUACCUUUUCCUACAUAUAUAUAUAAAGUCAUCAAGUGACCUGCCUCAGAGGAAGGACAACUGAAUACAGGUCUCCCAGGACAGCUGAGGAGAGCCGUCACCAUGAUCCCCGCACUGCUGUUGCUGGGCCUUUCCGCCCUUGUUGCUCCAUCCGUGAGUUACAGUUGCUAUGGAGAUAUAAGUGCUCUUCAAGCCCCCACGAUGUCCUGUACACCUGCAAGAGCCUCUGACUGUGCAGGGUAUGCCAUGAUACGAAGGACUGCUGAGGCAGACCUCCCACGCCUGAGAAGAUACGAGAUCCCAAUCAAGAGAGUAGCCAGAAACCUGUGCUUGGACCCAGCGCUCAUCGGCGCCAUCAUAUCCCAGGAGAGCCGUGUGGGCCUGCUCCUGGACAACGGCUGGGACCGCGGGCAGCAGAAGUACGGCCUGAUGCAGAUCAGCAGGCAGCAACUGGAACCUUCUGUGACGUGGGAUAGUGAAGAACACAUAAAUCAGUGCUCAAAUAUCCUGGUUCUUUCCAUUAAUGAAGUACGGGCAAGACAUCCUACCUGGACCUGGGACCGGCAGCUGAGAGGGGGAAUCUGCACCUACCAUGCAAAAAUGGGCAAUGUCCAGGUCUACGAGGCGGACCCAUGCAGCAGAGACUACAACUACGUCAACAGCGUGAUUAGGCGAGCCCAGUUCUUUAAGAGAAAUGGGUUCUAGGUCUUAAACCCACCCCACCAUGGAGCCUCCCCUCUGCAGACUGGCCCAGCAGUGAUGUAGUACCCACCACAGCCCAGUGCUGUAGUACCCAGAGCAGUUCCUCAGGUCUCCUGGCAGGACCGAUGCUGGUGGCGUUGCCAAUGCCACCUUGCUCGCUCCAGCAAAUCCCAGCCCCCCGCUCGCUGAUGGGCAAGCUCAGCACUGACUUCCAAGAGAUCCCCAGGGAUGAGAUCCCACAAGCUCGAGCCUUUGACAGGCAGAUGGGGACAGACCAGCAAUGCCUAAAUUUUGAGUGAGGAAGGUGACGCUUCCUGUUCAAAGCUGCACCCCGGGGCUGUUUGUGCAUCUCCCAGACAUGGACACAAACAGCUCUCCCUGGGCAUCAGCUGUGCUCUUCCCAUCUGCAUCCAUCUUCUUUCCUCUCCAUGGCCAAUGCAGGGGAUGAAUGCCCUGUUUUCCUUGCCUUGGUUCUGCUGGCUAAGGAGCAAUGAAGAGACUUCUCAGUGAGCCUUUGGUCUCUGCAGUAGCUGAGUGUUCUGUAGCCAGCCUUCAGGGGAACAACACUAAACUUGCUUUGGUUGGUCUCCUGAAUCCAUGGCCAUGGUGCAACUGGGGACCUCAUCAGGGCAUCUAUAUGGAAAAUACUGCAAGUGCCACAGCAGGCAAAAUGCCUUUCCAUCAGAGAGCAGCCCUUGGAGCAGGAGUCAGCCCCACACGUACCCACGCCGGGAGCUGUAUCACAGCAAUAGUUUUGGUAAAAAAACCCACAACUUUUCCUGCUUUAGCUUUGGCACAUUUAUGCUGAGUUUCCUCCAAAUUCAAAAGCAUUUCAGCAUCAGUCUCUCUGCCAGGAAUCCCAGUUUCUGAUAGAAGUAAAUGAGCUCUGGUCUGUUUGAAAGGGAUGGGUCUCUUGGUGCCAAUUUAUUAAUUAGAGAACAAUAAUGAAAAUAACAUAGAAAUAAAGAAAAAGUUAAA